AUGAAUUGUAGAGAUGUUCGUCAAGAGGUAUAUAAUUGUAGUGACGUUAAACCAGAGCAACGAAAGAAUGUAGAAAAUACAUCCCUUAAGCCACGAAUUGUUGAAUACCAAACUGGCAUUAAAGGAGAUAUUGAAAGUUUUAAAAGCGAAAAUUCGCAAAAGAAGUAUAAUGGUUCGAGAUUAGAAAAAAGUGAAGAUUUAAGUACAAUUAGUUCAUUAUGUGAACAAAUUGCAUCCCUUAAGUUACAAAUAGAUCGAUAUCAAAUUGGUAUUAAAGGAGAUAUUGAAACUCUUAAAAGUGAAAAUUCAAGUUUGCAAAAGGAGUGUAAUGGUUUGAAAUUAGAAAAAGGUGAAAAUUUAGGUACAGUAAGUUCAUUAUGUGAACAAAUUACAUCUCUUAAGUCACAAAUCGAUCGAUACCAAAUUGAUGUCAAAGGAGGCGCUGAAACACCUAGAAGUAAGAAUUCAAGUUUGCAAAAAGAGUGUAAUAGUUUGAGAUUAGAUAAAAGUGAAAAUUUAAGUACGAUAAGUUUAUUACAUGAACAAAUUGCAUCCCUAAAGUCACAAAUCGAUCGAUACCAAAUUGGCAUUAAAGAAGAUAUUGAAACUCUUAUAAGUGAGAAUUCAAGUUUGCAAAAAGAAUGUAAUAGUUUGAGGUUAGAAAAAAGUGAAUAUUUAAGUACAAUAAGUUUAUUACGUGAACAAAUUACAUCCUUUAAAUCGCAAAUCGGUCGAAACCAAAUUGGCGUUAAAAGAGAGAUUGAAACUCUUAAAAUUGAGAAUUCAAGUUUGCAAAAAGAGUGUAAUAGUUUGAGAUUAGAAAAAAGUGAAAAUUUAAGUACAAUAAGUUCAUUACGUGAACAAAUUACAUCCUUUAAGUCACAAAUCGAUCGAUACCAAGUUGGUGUUAAAAGAGAUAUUGAAACUCUUAAAAGUGAGAAUUCAAGUUUGCAAAAAGAGUGUAAUAGUUUGAGAUUAGAAAAAAAUGAAAAUUUAAGUACAAUAAGUUCAUUACGUGAAGAAAUUACAAGUUUACUUUAUGAGAAUAAAGAGUUAAGGCAGGAUGCUAGUAAUAAAAAUCCUUAUGGUGGAUAUAAUGUUUGGCAUGAUGUUAAUUGCGAUUCAUGUGGACUUCAAAUAAGAGGAUACCGUUACAAAUGCGGUCAUUGUGCCAACUUCGACUUAUGUGAUGUGUGUAUUGGUUCAACCCAUAAUCCAGAACACAUAUUCCUCAAAAUUAAAUAUCCUGUUUAUAUUGAUCCACACAUUAUAUUGCUUCAGAGAAUCGUUUUUGCACCAAUGGAGACUAAUGUACAUAUUGAAAUCACUUGCGAUGUUUGUGGGAAAACCCCCAUUUGUGGUAUUAGAUAUAAAUUUAUGAUUGAUUACAAUGCUGAGGAUCAACUUCCCGAAAAGACUAAAUUGGCCUGUAUAAAGCUAGUGCCUGCUAACUUUCAGGAACUUGAGCUACAUUGCUCUGGUGUUAUUAUCUUUCCGGGCUUAAUACUUGAUAUGAUUUAG